AUGUCGCUGCCUUUUUCUUCCUCCCCCUCCCCCGCUGUCCUUCUUCUUCUUCUUCUCUCUCUCUUUCUUUCUCCCAUCAUCCUCUCAUCCUCUGCCUUUCCCAUCAAACUCACUUCUUCUACCAACAACUCAUCGUCGGUAUCAACGGUUUCGGUCGUAUUGGCCGCAUUCGUCGCCCGUGACGACGUUGAGGUUGUUGCUGUCAACGACCCCUUCAUCGAGACCCACUAUGCUGCCUACAUGCUCAAGUAUGACAGCACCCACGGUCAGUUCAAGGGCACCGUCGAGACCUAUGACCAGGGUCUCAUUGUCAACGGCAAGAAGGUCCGCUUCUACGCUGAGCGUGACCCCGCUGCCAUCCCCUGGUCCGAGAACGGUGCCGAGUACAUCGUCGAGUCCACCGGUGUCUUCACCACCACCGAGAAGGCCUCUGCUCACCUGAAGGGCGGUGCCAAGAAGGUUAUCAUCUCCGCUCCUUCCGCUGACGCCCCCAUGUUCGUCAUGGGUGUCAACAACACCUCCUACAAGAAGGACAUCAACGUUCUCUCCAACGCCUCUUGCACCACCAACUGCCUGGCUCCCCUUGCCAAGGUCAUCAACGACAACUUCGGUAUCAUUGAGGGUCUGAUGACCACCGUCCACUCCUACACCGCUACCCAGAAGACCGUCGACGCUCCCUCCAACAAGGACUGGCGUGGUGGCCGUACCGCGGCCCAGAACAUCAUCCCCAGCUCCACUGGUGCCGCCAAGGCCGUCGGCAAGGUCAUCCCCUCCCUCAACGGCAAGCUCACUGGUAUGUCCAUGCGUGUGCCUACCUCCAACGUCUCCGUGGUCGACCUUACUUGCCGCCUCGAGAAGGCCGUCACCUACGACCAGAUCAAGCAGGUCAUUAAGGCCGCUUCCGAGGGUGAGCUUAAGGGCAUUCUCGGCUACACCGAGGACGAGGUUGUCUCCACUGACCUGAACGGCGAUGACCGCUCCUCUAUCUUCGAUGCCAAGGCUGGUAUCGCCCUUAACGAGCACUUCGUCAAGCUCGUCUCCUGGUACGACAACGAGUGGGGUUACUCCCGCCGUGUUGUUGACCUGAUCUCCUACAUCUCCAAGGUUGAUGCCCAGUAG